UCCCCUCAGCUUAUAGUUUGGCGCCUCCAGAUUUUGUUUUACUUCUUGACCUUGGAUAAACGCUGUCGGGAGGGAGGAGCGAACCGUGACUUCCUAUUGGCACGGGACUCUCUCCUUCCACUACUCCCGUCGCUGGGGCCAGCAGCAACUUCUUUUUUUCAGGCAGCAACGGGGCUCCUCCCCCUGUUGCAGCUACAUUCUGCAUGUGAAACUGAUAGCUGAUUUAUUUCAUAAUAGUGAAGAGCUUUCAUGCCAGCACAUGAUUUGGGAGUUGCUUCUUGUGACAUGGAUGAAUCUGCACUGACCCUUGGCACAAUAGAUGUUUCUUAUUUGCCAAAUUCAUCAGAAUACAGUGUUGGUCGAUGUAAGCAUGCAAAUGAGGAAUGGGGUGAGUGUGGUUUCAGACCUACUGUCUUCAGAUCUGCAACCUUAAAAUGGAAAGAAAGCCUAAUGAGCCGGAAAAGGCCAUUUGUUGGAAGAUGUUGUUAUUCCUGUACUCCCCAGAGCUGGGAUAAAUUUUUCAACUCCAGUAUCCCAUCUUUGGGUUUGCGGAAUGUUAUUUAUAUCAAUGAAACUCACACAAGGCACAGAGGAUGGCUUGCAAGACGUCUUUCUUACGUGCUUUUUGUUCAAGAGCGAGAUGUCCAUAAAGGCAUGUUUGCCACCAAUGUGGCUGAAAAUGUACUGAACAGCAGUAGAGUGCAAGAGGCAAUUGCGGAAGUGGCUGCUGAAUUAAACCCUGAUGGUUCUGCUCAGCAGCAAUCAAAAGCCAUCAAUAAAGUGAAAAAGAAAGCCAAAAGGAUCCUUCAAGAAAUGGUUGCCACUGUCUCACCAACAAUGAUCAGACUGACGGGAUGGGUGUUGCUCAAACUGUUCAACAGCUUCUUUUGGAAUAUUCAGAUUCACAAAGGCCAACUUGAGAUGGUUAAAGCUGCAACUGAGAUGAAUUUGCCACUUAUAUUUCUACCAGUUCACAGAUCACAUAUUGACUAUCUCCUGCUGACCUUCAUUCUCUUCUGCCAUAACAUCAAAGCACCGUACAUUGCUUCAGGCAACAAUCUGAACAUUCCCAUCUUCAGUACCUUGAUCCAUAAGCUUGGGGGCUUUUUCAUACGUCGGAGGCUGGAUGAAACGCCAGAUGGACGGAAGGAUAUUCUCUAUAGAGCUUUGCUCCAUGGGCAUAUAGUUGAGCUACUUCGACAGCAGCAGUUCUUAGAGAUUUUUCUGGAAGGUACACGCUCUAGGAGUGGAAAAACCUCCUGUGCUCGGGCAGGACUUUUGUCAGUUGUGGUAGAUACUUUGUCUACUAAUACCAUCCCAGACAUCUUGAUAAUACCUGUUGGAAUCUCCUAUGAUCGAAUUAUUGAAGGUCACUACAAUGGCGAACAGCUGGGAAAACCUAAGAAGAAUGAGAGCCUUUGGAGUGUAGCUAGAGGAGUUAUCAGAAUGUUACGAAAAAACUAUGGAUGUGUCAGAGUGGAUUUUGCACAACCAUUUUCCUUAAAGGAAUAUUUAGAAAGCCAGAGUCAGAAACCUGUGUCUGCUUCACUUUCUCUGGAGCAAGCAUUGUUACCAGCUAUACUUCCUUUAAGACCCAGUGAUGCUGCUGAUGAAGGUGCAGACACAUCCAUUAAUGCGUCCAGAAAUGUAACAGAUGAAUCCUUCCGAAGAAGACUGAUUGCAAAUCUGGCUGAGCACGUUCUCUUCACGGCUAGCAAGUCCUGUGCCAUUAUGUCCACGCACAUCGUGGCCUGCCUGCUCCUCUACAGACACAGGCAGGGCAUUGAUCUCUCCACAUUGGUGGAGGACUUCUUUGUGAUGAAGGAGGAAGUCCUGGCUCGUGAUUUUGACCUGGGCUUCUCAGGAAACUCUGAAGAUGUAGUCAUGCAUGCCAUACAGCUGCUGGGAAAUUGUGUCACGAUCACCCACACCAGCAGGAACGAUGAGUUUUUUAUUACCCCCAGCACAACUGUCCCAUCAGUCUUUGAACUCAACUUCUACAGCAAUGGCGUGCUCCAUGUCUUCAUCAUGGAGGCCAUCAUAGCCUGCAGCCUUUAUGCAGUUCUGAACAAGAGGGGCUCAGGAGGGCCUGCGGGGCCGUCCCCCAGCUUGAUCAGCCAGGAACAGCUGGUGCGGAAGGCCUCCAGCCUGUGCUACCUGCUCUCAAACGAAGGCACCGUAUCGCUCGUAAGUGGGCUCUUUAGUGCCGCCUGUUGUCUUUCUCUAGAGAAUUUUUAUGAAAACAUAAGCCACCUUUGUUUUUCUCUCAGGGAAUGUUUGGUCUGUUACUGAAGCUUUACAUUCUACUCCUGAGUCUCAGUGACUCUCAGGCCAAUAUGUUGUUUGCUAACUUUGUUUGCUAUUGGGGUCACUGCUCCAGUGAACCCUUGAUGUAGUUAUGAGGCGUGAUAGGACAGAUUGCUCAACAUUCUCCACGAGUCAGAGCCAAAGUUACUGAGCUCUUAUUGUACAUAAGGCACUGGGUCAGAGGCUUGUAAAUAAUUAAUAUGCCCAGAACGUAAGAGCCAAAAACAAUCUUAAAAAUCA